GAAAAUUAAUAAUUUGUCAUGUAUAAUGUGUUGCCUGUUCGUGCGCCUGACUCCGUGGAUCAGGGUAUCAGUGCUCUGGCCUAUGUUCUGAUCUGACAUUUGAAGGCAUUGUGGUAAAUAGUUAAGUGCGAGUAAUAAACAAUAAUUUUCUUUCGAACUAUAAUUAGUUGAUGUUAAUACGUAAUUAACAUUUAAUGUAAACGGAGCUUAAGGGUUGUAGAUGCACACCCCCAAGAAGACAACAAACGUUGGUUUUCUAUGGAUUCGUUUAUUUUAAGGACUGCUGCUGGUCAUAUUAAUACUGUUACGCAUGGAACCGAUUCAAACAUUGCGUGAAAAAGCAUACAGUCAAACAGAAAGGCUUAACGACGAAAAUGUUGUUUACUAUGCAGUUCGCAUCCCUCCUGAACAAAAAGUUGACCACGAUGCAUAUGCCUAUAUUUUUGAAAAUAAAUCAGAAGCUAUAAACUUGCUUAAAAAGCAUAAAAAGGCCAGAUUCAAGUCUUUUGCUUUGUAUAAUGAUGCUGUAAAAUUUGUUGUCUAUGGAGUUGAUUCGCCCAGUCUGGAUACGACCGAUAAUGGAACACAAACAAUCAUUACUGAAUGUUUACCUGUUGGUGAAAAGCCAAUACUAUUUAAAAUGCCUAAGUCUCAAGAUUUGGUCAAGUUUAGGAAGAACAUUGAAAGUGGAUAUGUGCAUUUGGUUGAGAAGGCAAUAUGGGAGAACCCACGUUAUUUAAUAGGAAAUGGAGACACACCAACUAUAUUACAGGAAGGAUUCCGCUACAACGCGUUACAUAUUGCAGCAAGAACUAAAAGUUGGAAAAUGGCCGAUGUGGUUUUGAACACCAUAUCUGACAUUUCUUUCAUUCAGCUUUUAUAUGGAGACGAUGGCUAUCAGAAUUCAGAAGAAAGAAGUAAAGUUUUAUUGGACUUAUAUUUAAACACGCCAGAUAAAGGUUUAAAUGAAACACCGUUACAUUUUGCGUCAAAAUUUGGGGCAGUUGAAGUAGUAGAAGUUCUUGUGUCAUUUUCCGUUUGCGAUAAAACCGCAAAAAAUAAGUACGGGAAGACCGCGGCUGAGGUUAUAUGCUCCAGGUACAAUGAUUCAAAUGUUACAUCAACAAAAAAGAGAAUAGCGACGUUAUUAGAGGACAAUUUUUACGUUCCGCUUAUAAAAUCAGAAAACAAUUGUACCGUUCCUAUCAUAGGAGAGCCGUUUUCUCCAAAAUCUCCACUUAACUACAAUUCUAAUCCGUUACAACCGCGGCUGGAAAUACACGCUUACGCUGGACCAUUAAAUAAAGAGGAAGCAGACAGAUUUCGAAAAAUCUGGAAGACUCCACCUCGUUCAUUGAAAUCUACGAAAACGGACGACUUCCCUAAAACAAAAUCGACGAAGGGUGAUGGAGUCGCUUCUGCAAAAGAUUUUGAAACGAUCGGCCGCGAAUUGGCUGCAAAGUAUGACAUAGGCUGGAAAGAAUACUGGCCUUUUCUGGGAAUGUUCUUGAAUUUAGCGUCUCAAGAAGGAUUACAACAACUAGAGCAACAUUUAGAAACUCGAACGUAUCAUUCGUGCAAUAUGGUUUCGUGGCCCUUUUGUCCAGCUUUCGAGAAAACCACCACGACUAAUGAUCGUAAGCGUGUUUCAAUUUUUGAGAGCAAUAAUACAAAUUUAAAUCGAUGUUUUGAUCGAGACAAUGAUCUUCCAGAGAUAAGUUCUUUCUUGGUCAUUGAAAAGUCGUGUAGGGUGUUUGCUAAUCGAUUAUCGAACGAAAUAUUACUGUUAAAAGAUACAAACUUUAAUACUAUCUGUCUAGAAAUGUCAGUUAAACAUUUGCAGACGCUAAUAGGAAAUUUAAGUAAUGAUAAUCGUUUUGAAGGAAUAAAUCUUAAACGUGUGCACCAUCGCAUCGGUUAUUUAGUUGCACAUAAUCUAGAACAGGUUUUGCAACAACAUGAAAAGCACUUUGUGAUUUUAAAACUACAUCAAUGGUUGGAAAAUUCUAGCGAACUUUGUGAUAAUUUGCCGACAUUGAAUAGUCCAAAACAGUCCCAGAAUUGUCAUUCCAUUGAACAACAGACCACGUGUCUUUUGCAAUGUCUUUUGAUGUAUAUGGAUAACGAAGGUUCCAUCAUAAACGAUUCAAUCGAUGAAAAUUACGUUAAAGCCUUGUCGGAUGGCGAAUUGUGUUCAUGCAAAUGGGAAUCGUCAAGAACGGAAAAAUCUUAUAAACACAACAAUUCUGUUGUAAGGCGACUGAGUUUUCAACAUUCAGUAUCGGAAACUGACCACGCAGAUUUAAGCAAUACAAAUGUAAAUGAGAUAGAAUAUGAAUCUUCCGAUGAUGAAUACUACACUCCUUGCAGCAGUCCAAUAACUGUUGCUAAUACGAUGAACGAUAAUGACAUAUUUGAGGAGGCGGUAUCAUACGAAGAAGAUGUAUUUAUUGAAGGAAUUUAUCCUACUUCUACCGAUGUAGCCGUGUUUAAAGCUCUAAAGCACAUAGAAAACCUGCUAAAUCCUGUCGAUUAUCCUUAUGUUUACAAGUGGCACCAUGCAAUGAGAAUUUAUCUAGGACGCAAUAAAAACAUUUGUACAAGUCCCAUUAAGGAAGAAGGGAGUACAAGACAUCACCAAAGCGCGUCAAUAGGAACCCCUAAAUCGUGGAUAAGAAUUACAGGCGUAAAUUCACCACGAACUAAGUUAUCGUUUUUAAAUGAUAGUUUAAGUAAAUUAAAAGUUACUAAUGUUAAGGAUAAGUAGAUUAAGAUUUAAACAUUUUUAUUUGUAGAUUGCCACACGAAGGAUUACGAAAAUUAAUAAAAAUAUAAAAUGUCAAA